UGUUGUGGUUGUCCAUGCCGCCGAAACCGCUCUGAAUGUUGUCCUUGUGCGGAAACCUGCCCGUGUGAGAGAGCUCACCACGCAUGGAGUUGAAGCCAGACCGCGCGGUGGCAACACUGGAGAUGUCGCAGAGCAAAAGCAAAAACGACGAGCCCUUUAUGAGCAGCGAUGAUGAAUACUACGAGAGCCUGCCGCCGCAUGUGUCCGUGUCGACCCACAUGACAGCCGGAGCCGUGGCAGGCGUCCUGGAGCACACGGUCAUGUACCCCGUGGACUCUGUCAAGACGAGGAUGCAGAGCUUGCAGCCAGACCCUAAUGCACAGUACAAGGGUGUGUAUGAGGCUCUGAAGAGGAUCGUCCGAACAGAGGGAAUCUUCAGACCGCUGAGGGGCCUCAACAUCACGAUGCUGGGAGCGGGGCCCGCGCAUGCGCUCUACUUUGCCUGCUAUGAACGGGUGAAGCGUUUGCUGAGUGACAGAAUUCAGAGCGGAGGCAACAGCCAUAUAGCCAACGGUGUGGCAGGUAGUGUAGCCACUGUUCUUCAUGAUGCAGUCAUGAAUCCAGCUGAUGUGGUGAAGCAGCGGAUGCAAAUGUACAAUUCUCCAUACCGAGGACUUUUGGACUGUAUUCGAACAAUAACUCGGACAGAAGGUGUGGGAGCCUUCUACCGCAGCUACAGCACACAACUGACCAUGAACAUUCCCUUUCAAGCCGUUCAUUUCAUCACGUAUGAACUGAUGCAGGAACAGCUGAAUCCCCACAGGCAUUACAACCCUAGCAGCCACAUAGUGUCAGGAGCAGCGGCGGGUGCCGUUUCCGCUGCCAUAACUACUCCCCUCGACGUCUGUAAAACGCUGCUCAACACACAGGAGAAUGUAGCGCUAAGCUCCGUGAACAUCAGCGGUCACUUAUCGGGAAUGGCCAAUGCCUUCAGGACGGUGUACCGGCUCGGUGGUUUCCCGGCCUUUUUCAAAGGGGUCCAAGCUCGGGUUAUAUACCAGAUGCCUUCAACGGCCAUAGCCUGGUCAGUGUAUGAGUUUUUCAAAUAUUUUCUGACAAAGCAGAAUGCGGAACAAGAGGCGAGAUCUGAGCCGCGGUAAUGAGAAGUGUGUUGGAUCUGAACAUACUUUGUCUUUUUUAGAAGUGUCAAGAAAACGGCGUCUGUUAUUUUAUCAUAAGGAAAUCACCAAAUGGAGGAAUGCCAGAGAAUUGCCACUUCUCAUUCUUCAUACAUUGAGCAGAUUUGGGUGUUUUUGAGUUAGGAUGAUGUCACACAAUCGUUUUAUGCAACAAAGAGGACCAUUCUUAAAAAGACUGAUGAUUAGAAGAGUGGUAUCUUUUUCUCCUUACACUCCACAACCACAUUAGCUGCAGUUUUUCCAAACUCUUACAUGUGGGGAUCACGUGAUCAAGUCGUCUCAAAGAAUGUUUAUAGUUCUAAAUAUCAGAACUUUUUAUUUAUUUUGGUAGCUUUCAGAAGGCUGUAUUUUAUGGAUGCAGAAAAACCACAGUGCUGUUUGUUUUGUUCCAUUGUGUGUGUAUAUGAAAAACUAUUACAACAGAUUGUUUAUUUCCUUUUCUCUGCGGAUGGGACAGUUGGGUUUUCCAAGUGCCUCAUAAUUAUCAAACAGUGCUUCUCCCUCUUGUUUUUAUUUUCUCCACUUUUCUUGACAUAGGAAACCUGUCCAUAUAUUAUAUAUUGGAGAUUUAAGGUUGUAUCCAAAAACAAAAUGAUAAAAAAAGUUCAGCCAUAGGAUGAAAUGAUAUUGGAAUUAAAUAUUUCAGUUGUUUAUAGUCUUAAUUGGCCAUAUCUGUCAAAUUUUAACAUUAUUGACUGGAUAGUAUUUUCUGUAUAGUUUUUGAAUUAUUUUAGACACAAUGGUUAGUGUGUCAAGUACUGAAUAUCAUUUUAUGUUCUCAUGUGUAGGUCAUAGUGGUCCAGUUAUUCAGCUUGUUAAAGUGAAAUACUACAACGCUCCUGAAUCACGCACAAAAAUGGUCUGACCUGAAAGGCAAAAACAAACAACAAAAACUGCUACAGAGUGGGCAGCUUAUUUAUAUUUAUUCAUGACAUGAUAUGUAAUUUUACAGUGGCUAUUUUAUCGUAACCUCUUCAGGUGGGUCCAACUGUGGAACAGAAAACCUGUUACUUGGGAGGAUGGCAGAGUGUCAAAUUCUGCGACUUUGGUCUGAUGUUUGGCUUUUGCAAGGCCCUUUUAUCGUGUGUCAUAGUGGCCUUAAACGCUUUAGAUUGAAUGCAAAAUGGAUAUUUGUUGGCUAAUACUGAUGCUGUAGAUGUGAUAUAAAAUGUACCAUCACCAUUGACAUGACUUCUAAACUGAGCAAUAAUGCUGUUCAUACUUUGUUACCAUGAGGCCAGUACAAGCUUCACCCAAUUACAUUUUUGUAUUUUCUCGCAUCCUGUUGUAGUUACACAUUUCCUGUGUGCUUUCUGCUUUCUUCUGCCUAUUGUCUAUUUUUGAUGCAGUAGACGGGACAUUUUGCCAGAUAUUGAUGUAAUCCAGAGAGCAGUCAGAUUCUUUUUUUUUUUUUUUUUUUUUAACCCCCCUUCCUGCGAGGGAGUUUGUUAGAUUCCAGUGGUCUUAUAAACACUACAAAGAUAUGUCCUGUUUGCACAGUUGGGAAAAUAUUAACAAACCAAAGAGGUCCAUUGGGUUCUAAUUUUUUAAUCAGUUUGAUGUUACAGUGAGGAACUUGAUUGAAUUUUAAAGCAACCCCCUCCCCCACACCUGCACACUCGGAUGCACAUCCCCUGAAAGUGGCGUUAACUCUUGGUAAAAGAUGUAAAAUAUUCAAAAAUUCUUCUUUAGCCAAAUAUAUUGAAAAUCUCUAAACGAGUCUGAAGAAAACAGCUUCAAGUAAAAAUGGAUUUCUUUUUUUUUAAGCCAUCCUACCAUACUUGCAGUUUUUACUGCAUGCACGCUUCAAUUUAAAUUUUUCUGGUAUUGAUCAAUAAAAAUCAGUUUCUAUAUUAGCUUCAAAGUCAUAAGUAAUACUUGGAACAUAUAUUCACAUUUUAUGAUUGAUGGUAUUUUAUCUGGGACAUUUCAUAAUGUUUGUAUGUUUUAUGCACAGUUGAUUGAAAUGGGAAUUGGGGUGACUUUUUUUUCUGACUGCCGCCAACAGGACAGGAAUACUUGGAAGUUUUACAAUGCAAACAAUGAAUGAUUGUGAAAAUACUGCUACAGUAUAUAACACUGGAGCUGAAAUAAACAUGGAGAUGAGGAAUGCUGAGUGUUUGUGUUCUUGUUUCGGAGCUAAACUUGUAUUUGCUUUGUUAGUCUAUUUUGAAUUUUUGAGAAUGGGGAAGAAUGUUUUUUCUUUCAGUGUCAAAUUACAAUCUCCAAAUAUUUAAAAAAGU